GUUGCUUAGCCGUGUCAAAUACGAUGACAGUCCUUUACUAUACUAGGUUGCGGCAUGAAAAAGUUAAUGUGUGAUAAGAAGAAAAAUUCGAAAAUACCUUUAUUUCUUUUUUUCUUUUUUUAAGUCGAUCGCGUGGAGUGCCGUCGUCGUGUUCUGCCGCCAUUUAUUCUCUGAAAAGAAAAAUCCGAUCCUUUGUUGACCACUGCAGUUUUCUGUAACCGCUUUCACACACAAUCAUCAACUUCCGACACCGCGACGCACUAAUGGAGAAGAACAAUCAACUAGCCUCCUCAUUCACCAACGAUCUCUUCGGCGCCACAGAUUCAUCCCCAAAUUCUGCCGCCAAUGGAAUUUUCUCGUCUAUUUUUGCAGCUCCAUCCGCGGUUGCAGCAAGGAACUACUCCACUUCUAAGUCCAAUGAUAAUGAGCAACAAGGAACUACGCCACAUGGGAGUCAGUCAUUGGAUACUGGAGUUCAGGGUAAUAUGAUUAAGGGCAAGGAAAAUGAGAGUAAUUUCGUGUAUAGCAAAGAAAUGGACUCUAUCUUUCAGGAAAGACCUGGACCAUCCCCUCUGAGUUCAUCUCUUUACUAUGGAGCAAAAGAGGAUAUGUAUGUUAAUUCUUCAAGUCCUCAUACCUCACGACCAGAUACAGAUUACAAGAAAUAUGGUGGAGUAGAUGAUCCCAGCGGAAAUAAUUCAACUGGCGCUUCGAGGGGAAACUGGUGGCAAGGGUCGCUUUAUUAUUGAGACUCUGUCUUGAAGGUCCAAAGCAUGUGAAUCCCUGUCUAUUAUUAGGAAUCCUGAAGCUUUGGAGCAGUUUGAUGUAGAUUUGGGUUGUAUUUGCAGCCUACUGUGGCAGAACUUGGAGUUUUUAUCAUGAGUUCCCCAGUUAUGUUUUCUGGACUUGUGAGUUGAGCCAUAUUAUUAGGCUGCUAUGGUUCUUCUGUAUUUGUUUAGCCAUAAUUGGCGAGAACUUUUAUGAUGCAUUUGUGAGCCUUGAUGUUGGGAUACAUAUUUUCAAUAAAUGAUUUUCUGAGAGUUUUAUGGAUGUACAGAUAAAGGCUGAUGCCUUAUUUUGGUUUGUUCUUGGACGAUUGUUAAAUACCUAUAGUUUUGGUACUGUAAUUGAAAUGAAAGAAAGAUUAAAUGAUAA